AUGUCAAACUCUCUUUCAUUCACCCUCACCAUCAUCCUCUUCAUUGUCUCUUCUUUGUGUGUCAUUUCCACCUCAGAGGCAUUCCCCACCAGCACCACCACUUCCUCAUCAGUCGUUACAGUCUACAGUCGUGAACAUUUUGUGUUCGGAGUGGAUGAUCUCGAGAAAGGACUAGCAGUUGCCAAACUCUCCGAUCAAAUCCAAACCAAUGGUUGGACUCGACUCGAUAUUCGCACCAAUUCAGCUCAUCCCGAUCAAGUACAGACCUUUGCUGCGGGAAUGGCAGAAGGCUUACUCUCCUAUUUUCAAACUUGGCAGUUGUAUCAAAAUCAAGUCUAUGAUUGGAAUUUUACAGAAACAGCGACUACUUUUAUGAAACAUUCAUGCCGGAAUGAUUCUUCAUUGUUGUGUAAUUAUGCAUAUCCGGAACGAAUUGUUCUGUUUUUGAAACGAAAUUUGGAAUGGAUGAGAGAGGAGGCGAAAAGAAGAAAAUUUGAAUUUAAAUUUUGGUAUCAUGUGGAUUUGUUGUUGGAACAAUUUGAUGGAUUAGUACACGGGUUUAUGAGAAUGCAAGAAUUGGAUUCGAGAAUUGCUGAAAAUAAGAGAAUGGAUUGGUUUGAUUUGUAUGUGUUGCAAUCGGCUGGAGAUAUGUACACUUUGGUGGAUGCAUUGGGUCAAAUGGAUUCUCACCAAGUCAUCCAUGCGAGAGCUAGAGCUGAAGCAUUUAAGAUGGGAAUUCCAUUGGAAGUUUUCCAAUCAAGAGCUUUUAAUAGAAAAUACAAAGAAGAUGCUCCAUUUACUGAAUGUAGUGCACUUAUUAAGGUCACAUCCUCCUCUUCACAAAAGAAAUGUGAUGAUUUAUUUGUGGGACAUACCACAUGGAGAAGAUUUAAUAUUAUUAACAAAUUUUUCAAGAGUGUCACCAUGUCACUUAAAUUUGCAGCAGCUAAAACUAUCACUUUGAGUUCAAGUGCAAGUUUUUUCUCAAGUAAGGAGGAUUAUUAUGUCAUGGAUUCGGGAAUUGUUGCAUUGGAAACUUCACUUAGUACUUACAAUUCAACACUCUUCUCAUUGAUCAAGCCAGAAUCGUUGUUGUGUUGGGUGAGAAGUGUGGUGGCCUCUCGAUUGGCAUAUACUGCAAAGGAAUGGGUUGAAUUGUUUUCCUUGCAUAGCAGUGGUACCUAUAACAACCAGUGGAUGGCUCUCGAUAUGAAGAAAUUUACUCCUGGUAACUGUCAAUUACAGCCAGACACUUUAUGGAUUAUUGAGGAAAUUCCAGGAGGUGCCAAUGAAAAAGCUGAUGUCAGCGCUGUUGUCAAUUCACAAGGAGGAUACUGGCCAUCUUACAACAUUCCCUAUUUCCCAAAUAUUUACAACAGUUUAGGCUACAAUGAAGCAAAGAAAAAGUUUGGCAAUGAAAUGGAUUAUCAUUUGUGUCCUCGUGCAAAGAUCUUUGCGAGGGAACAAGGAAAAAUUACAAGUGAUUGGAAAUCUUUUGGAGCCAUGUUGCAAUUCAAUGAGUGGCAAACAGAUCCAUUCAGUGAAGGAGAUCCAGCAAAAUCGAUUGCUGCUCGUUACGAUUUGAGAACUCCACAAAGUGGAUUGAAGCCAUCUGCAUUUGGAGGUGCUGAUUCAAAGUUAACUAGUUACUCGAAUGUGAUCAACAAUCCAAAACCUGUCACUUUUGGUAUUGCAGGUCCAACUCACCAAAAUCAAUCUGUUUUUACUUGGAAAGAUCCCAAAUGGAGUUCCAUUCCACACUUGGGUCAACCAGAGACGUAUGAUUUUGGUUGGGUUGAAUUGAGCUCAAAAGAUGAAUAA